GUACGUGCGUUAUGUAAAAACGAAUUAUAGGAAAAUGAUUGCACUCCUUCUGAUAUUAGUUGGGCUCGGCUGGGUUUUAGUGUUCCGGUACAGACGGAGGAAUAUGUAUAAAUUGGCAGCGGCUAUGCCGACUCCUGACGAGACAAACUUUUUAGUUGGCGUCGCCCACAAAUUGAUGGGUAACACAGAGGAAAUAAUGUCGUCACUUCAAAGAUACAGCUACGAUUCCAUGAAACACAAUGGCAUAGUAACUAUGUGGUUGUUUCACAUUCUUUACUUUGUGUCAUCAAAUCCUUUUGACUUGGAGGUAAUUCUGAAGACCUGCUUGGAGAAAGACGAUUCACAUAGAUUUUUUCGACCGGGGAUAGGGAAUGGCGGCAUUUUUGCACCAGUGUCGAUAUGGCGAAGACGUCGAAAAAUUAUGGUGCCAGCGUUCAGUCCGAAAAUAGUUCACAGUUUUGUUGGAAUAAUCUCUGAGCAAAGCGAGAAGCUUGUUUCAAGUUUGAGUAAAUGCGUCGGCAAAGGGAAGUUCAGCUCAUGGCCUUUUCUAAAUGCUUAUACAUUGGACUCUGUCUGUGAAACAGCAAUGGGCGUGAAUAUCAAUGCACAAGCAAAGGUUGAUUCAGAGUUCUUGAAAUCUUUGAACCGUCUUCUUAAUGUAAUUUGUGAGCGGAUAUUUCAUCUAUGGCUGCAUCCGGAUUGGCUUUUCAAACAGUUACCUGUGUAUGAUGAGCACCAGAAGUGUAUUAGAGUAUUGCAUGAAUUUAUUGACCAGGUAAUUCAGAAUAAAAGAGAAGAGUUUCAGAUAGAGAAGAUUUCUAAAAUAGAAGUGGAUACUCAAUAUGAUUUGGGGUUAUACAAAAGGAAGACAUUCCUGGAUCUUCUAAUCACUUUUUCUGGAGAUGAAAAAGGUUAUACUAACGUUGAAUUACGAGAAGAAAUGCUAACAUUGACAGUAGCAGGUACAGACACAUCAGCAGUCGCUAUUGGAUUCACACUGGAGCUUUUAGCUAAAUACCCUAAAAUACAGGAUAAAGUUUACCAAGAAUUGUACGAAAUCUUCGACGGUUCGGAACGUGCCUUAGUUAAAGAAGAUUUAGAAAAGAUGGAAUAUUUGGACAGAGUCGUGAAGGAGUCUCUCAGAUUAUUCCCUCCAGUUCCGUUUAUCAUAAGAAAAGUUUUAGAGGAUAUGAGACUGCCAUCCGGUAACGUUUUGCCUGCCGGUUCAGGGAUAAUGGUUUCUAUUUGGGGAAUUCACAGAGACCCAAAGUACUGGGGUCCGGAGGCGGAACACUUCGAUCCAGACAGGUUUCUGCCGGAGCGUUUUAAUCUCGAGCACCCAUGCUGCUACAUGCCGUUCAGUAGCGGCCCUAGGAAUUGUCUGGGUUAUCAGUACGCAAUGAUAUCGAUUAAAACUUCUUUAUCUGCAAUACUGCGGCGAUACAAGGUAGUAGGUGAACCGGAGAAAGGGCCUGUUCCUCAAAUCAGGGUCAAACUGGAUAUCAUGAUGAAGCCAGUGAACGGAUGCCAGGUGGCUUUGGAGAGAAGGCCAACAAAAUAGCAUCGGGCCAACAUGUACAGUCGUAGAUUGUCAACGUAUAGUUAAAACGUAAUAGUCGACAAGUAAUUAUGGUAUACCAAAGCAAGUCU